AUGUCUGCUCCAAUACGUGCGAUACAGCUCCAAAAGGCCGCUGUCCGACUUCUGCCAAGGCAAACCCACACCACCAAUCUGCUUUUACGUACCAACGCCAGUCGGCACAUUGUCCAGAAGCUCGGUGGCUUUCAACUACAACAGCAAUUGCGGCUCAAAUCAACGUUUGAUCCCAAAUCAUUCGAACCAGGCCAACAGAAACCCGAAGAUGGAGAGGAAAAGAAGAUUCCUAAACCAACCGUUGGCCAAAUAUUCUCGCAGGCCUUCAACGGUGCAAUCCAGAUGCUGGGUGGCGUUUUUCGCAGCGAGAACCUGAAGAAGGCUUGGCAGACACAUCCGGGCGAGUUCAGUCUAGCGGUUAUAAUGCUUACUGGCGUUGCUGGUGUCGUUGGAUACACCGUCUGGCUCUACUUCAACUACUUCUACGCUGAACAAUUCACUCGGUAUCCCGACGAAGUGGCCUUUUCCCUACGCAAGGCUCUCUACUACGGUGAUUAUGUCAAGGAUCCGAAGCUAGCUCUUAAGUACUACCAGAAAGCAAUCGAGCAAUGCUUUGAGCACAGGUUGGACUUCUUCUCGGACGAGUUCGUUGGAGUCAGGGUCCGGCUGGCCCAAUGGCUUGAAGAGACAGGCGCAUAUGAUCAGGCUAUCCAUGCGCUGGAGGUCAUCCUCAAUGACCAUAAGCGCUGGGUUGACAUGAUGGAACAGCAGAUCAAAGAGGGCAAGAACCCGGAUCAGCUGCUGACCGCCACUACUGCGACAGUAAUCCCAGCCAAGGACGCUGAGAAACAGCAGAGCGAGCAAGGCGCGGAAGCAGCAGCGCAGACCACUACGACUUCGGCAGUUGCUGGCACUGCUACGGAUACGAAAACCGCCCAAGGAGCUCCCAGUACUGCCAUCGACGAUGCAACUGCUAACGGACAACCUGAGGCUCCUCGGGAGACUAUUUGGGGAAAGAGGAAUCGGAUUAUUCGCAGAUCCAUCGGUAUUGCUGUCAAGCUCGGCCAACUCUACUCAGACGAACACGUUCUGAAGCAGGAUCUUGCUCACGAGCGCCUCACAUGGGCAGUGGAGACACUGUUGAGAGAGAUGCAGCGACGUUCCACUGAAGGCACAAAGCCUGGCGAGUAUGAUUUCCUCAGCGAUGAGGAGGUGGGUGGCGUUUUUGAACAGCUAGGCCAAAGCUUUUUGGCCAAGGACAAAGCUCAUUUGGCGGUGCCCUUGUUCUUCCAAGCCCUCAACCUUUGCAAGGUACCCUGUCAUACUGCCACAUUGAUGAACAACCUGGCUACAGCAUUUGCUCAGCACCCCAUCACUGGCGACAACAUCCCGCAGGACUUGGUCAAGUUCCCCAACAAGUCGUCCCCAGAGUGGUGGGCGGCCACUAAAGCUACCUACCUCGAGUUUGCCAAGAACUGGGCCAACAACGCCGUCGGGCUCGCUUCUGGCACCAAGGGAGAAGACGUGCGAACUCCAGAAUGCGACCAGGCAUGUGCAGUUGCACUUUGUAACUUGGGUGAAAUCGCAAGCUUAAGUGGGAAUCCGGAGGAGGCCCGCAAACGCUUCAACCAGUGCAUCGCCAUGAGCAACAAGCUUGACUUCUCUGAGGGCGUGAAGCAAGCUAGGGCAGGACUCAAGGAACUCACCGCAGGCGAGAAGAAAUGA